AUCCUCAAGUUUGCUCCGUUGACAUGAUUAGCUGCGAGGUUCUUCUCUAAGUACACUUAACCUUGGUUUCUUCUGAAUGUAAACGAAUCAACCAAAAUACCCUUUCCUCCCUCUCCAUAGUCUUCCCUGGCUGUAUCUUCAAUUUAAGCAGGACCAAUGGAGGUGUCCCAUUCAAUCAGGGAGCGCACCAUAGCAGAGAACAGCCUAGUGAUCCUUCUCCAGGGGCUUCAGGGGGAGGUGACCACCGUGGACCUGAGGGAUGAGAGCACGGCGAGGGGACGUGUGGUCAACGUGGACGCCUUCAUGAACGUGCGUCUGGAGGAGGUGCUGUACCGGGACCGCCGCGGCCGGCUCAGUCAGCUGGCCGAUCUGUUUAUCACGGCCAGGAACGUGCGCUACGUCCACAUCCCCGACCACGUGGACAUCAUGGAGACCAUACAGACCCAGCUGACCAGGAUCAGACGCGUUCGCAACUUUGCCGGCGAGAAAAGGGGCAGGAAGGAGUAUCUAAAGAAAAAGAACUGAACUUGGAAUGGUGGAGGAUGUUGUGUUGGCCCCAAGGGGCUGACCUUUUCUGACCUGAGUUUCAGCUCCUUGUCACUCAUGGUCAUCCCAAACGUGUGGCUUGACAAUGAGCAAUGGAGUUGGCAAGAGCACAAACAGAUCUGGGACCAGACUGAAUUUAUAAAAUAAUUGAACUUGAAGAGUGUUAUUCUCAUCCACCAGUUGGCUUUCUCUCUGUCUGUAUGUGGUUGGCUAGCAAUUGAACCAGGGGACGAGGUUAGAAGGGUGGAGGUUGUGUUGCCCCAAGGAGCCUUCCAUCACCGCUCAUUUCAAAUUGUGCAAUUUCUCCUUGUUUCAUUAAUGAAAUUGUGACUCCAGAACAGAAGAAUAUGAAUUUGAAUUGAUUCUCACAAGUUACAGGUGUCAUCCUUGAGUCUUUAUGUUCAUAAUGCUUUAACAUUAUAAUUCACAGAGGGUGACAGGUUCUCUUAUCCAAGGAAAGAAAACAACUAAAGUUUAAGAAUGUCAAUAGUUGGCAUUGUAAAGACUUUUCUUUGGUAAAUAAGACUAUUCUUUUUGAUGCUUAAGUGUUUUUGAUUCUCGUUUUGCUCCACCUCUUGUUGAAAUACUUUGAAUAAACAUUCCUUUUUUAAAGAAA